AUGCUGAGGUUCCUCCAAAUCUUGGGCUCCUUCGUGCUACUGCAGGCAGUUGCGUCGCAGCAGAUAUGGGAUAUAUGGCAAACAACAUGGAAUAGGAACAUGCUGUUCACUUAUUUCCAACCCACGCCGGACCCUAUUAACUUCGUUACUCCUGGCGCCAUUGGGAGCGCGGACAUCGUCAUCGAUGAUUCCUCAGUAUAUCAAACCGUGUAUGGUUUCGGAGCAUCACUGACCGAUUCUUCGGCUGAGUUGUUGAGCAACUUGAAGGCAUGCCAUAACCCUGGAAGUUAUUGGCAGCUCAUGGAUUAUUUAUUUAAUGCCACGGAUGCUGCUAACUCAGCCGGGUUCUCCUAUAUCCGUGUCCCACUCGGAGCCUCAGAUUUUUCUGCAAAUACCUACAGCUAUGACGAUAUCAGUGGAGACACUUCACUGAAUGACUUUAACAUUAAUGCCGCGCCCUCUGACGUUUUCUCGGUUCUUCAAGACAUUCUAUCUAUCAAUCAUAUGGCCAGAUUCCAUAUCGUGCCUUGGUCACCGCCCGGUUGGAUGAAGAGCGGGGGGACCAUGCUCGGAGGCUCGUUAAAUACUCAAUAUAUUAACACUAUGGCAAACUACCUCUUGAAGAGCGUGCAGGCAUUCUCAAACAAGGGGAUUCCCAUUUAUGCAAUCAGUAUCCAGAAUGAGCCGGAAUACAGCGACUCCACAUAUCCGAGUUGCAACAUGCCGGUGGCAACUGAGGCACAGAUUGGGUUGGCUCUGCGCACGCUGUUGAACAAUGAUGGUUUUUCGGGUGUAAAGAUUAUUGGUUACGACCACAACUGGGCGGACGCUGCCAACUAUCCUGUCCAACUAAUGCAACAAGCGGAAAGUGCCUUUGACGGGGUGUCUUUCCAUUGUUAUCAGGGUUCCGUCAGUGACCAGGCAUCAUUCACUUCUCAGUAUCCAAACAAGGAAGUGUACUUCACGGAGUGCUCAGGGGCCCUUGGCUCUGACUGGUGGAGUGAUAUCAAGUGGUACAUGGACAAUCUUUUCAUCGGCAGCAUCUCAUACGGUUCCUCCUCUGGAUUGAUGUGGAAUCUCGCGCUCGACGGAAGUGGUCAGCCAUUACUUCCAGGCACCGACAGCUGUGGUGGUGGAUGUCGUGGUGUAGUCCAAAUCAAUAAUGAUGGAACUUGGAGCGUAAACCAAGAAUUUUACUCUAUGGCUCAAGCUUCUAAAGCAAUUCUUCCUCGCGAUGUCGGCGGUCCAUGGGGCCAGCGAAUUGGCGUGAGCGUUGGCGGUUCGCUUGACUGGGCUCUUGUGGUCGGCGCCUACAAGACGGGCAGGGUUUCGUCGAGUGACUGGAACAGAUACAGCAUCGUGGUACUGAACUGGGAUGACAGUGCGUCCACCACUUGGAAUCCUCAGCCUGUCGAGGCCACUAUCGAGUUCAGGGGCAUGCAGGCUACGUACACAUUUCCCGUCGGUGUUACCACGCUUUGGUGGUACGCUCCCAACUAGCUGUAUCUUGAUAUCUAUGUAUUUUUUUCACGUCCCGGGUUUGUUAUAUGUGUAUUAUUUUGUUUGUUGAUUUAUUUGUAUCAAUAAAACUAAUUAUGCCAGCUUUCCAAUCGAAUUGUUGCUGUGCAGAC